AUGCUUGGGGGCCUCGAUUGGCAAUUCUCCAACGUCACAGCCAAUUCUACGUACCAGUUUAUCGGCGAUUGGACUGCUGCGCUCAACGCGACUGCAAUAGAGGAGAGAAAAUCAUUCGAAUUGAGAGCAGGCGUAUCUGUAGCCUCUGAUGCGAAGAUUUACAAAGCGGAGGAAUAUCCAAAAGUGGUUGAAAUUAUCGGGGAUUCCCUCAGUAUAGGCCAAUACGCAACCUAUGAAGGACUAUCCUCAUGGGCGUACAACUUUGCGGCAGGCUUCGGAGAUGUGGAAUACUCUAUCACUGUGCGUGACCUUGACGACUCGAUCCUGCCCUCAGACCAGACACAAGACGAAGUUAAUAUAUAUCAAAGGCAUACUCUGGGAUCUGCCUCCAUGAUACGGAAUGCUGGGGAAAUCCCCACGGUCAGCUCCCCGCGUGCAAAACAGAUCUACGGCACAAGUCCUCCAAAGUGGGACUUUGGUGCCCAUCGUCCCGCAGAUCUGGUGAUCAUCAACCUGGGUGCAAAUGACAACCUCACCGUAAACAAUGUGUCGAGCUUAGAUUUUCAGAAAAGUUACGUGGAGUUCAUAAAUGGAAUCCACCAUGUUUGGCCUAGUGCGCAGAUUAUCCUUAUGUCUCUAUGGGGAGACUUUAUUCCCUCCAGAAUGACGUACACACAGACGCCGCAAUAUGUCGAGGAGAUUGAAAAUGUCUAUCGACAUUUUGACGAGGCACCGGAAAAAUUCGUGUAUUAUUUUGACACCACGGGGAUCCUACAGCAUAAUGAUAUUGCACAGGAGUCGCACCUUACUGACGUGGGAAACGUCAAGAUUGCCAGUCAUUUGAACCGAUGGGUGGCGAUGAAGUUCGGUUGGAGAAUGCAGGCCACGGGUUCGGAGAUAUUGCAUGGAACAAUGUAUUGGAACGACGAGUCGAGGUACUAG